CAUUUUCUCAACAACAUGCUUCAGUUGUCACUUUUUUCCAGUGAUUUCGUUCGUAUCGCAAAACAUGCCAGUUAGCUGAUGUAACAUUUAUAGUUGAUAAGUCCAUCAGAAAUACGAGUUUGCAACAGUAAAUUAUUCUUGAAAUAACAUAUUGAACAAUUUGUUGGAAAGCGGUGCACAAAAUGAACCAACUAGUGUGUAGAAUAAGUCGACCAACUGCGAACUUUCUGGUUCGUCAUGCGAAGGAGAGUCCUGGUUUGAAAGUCCGACUAUUUGGUUCGAAUGUCAGAACCGGCAUUCUAAGCCGAACUGGACGAGGAUUGGUGGCCGAUGCCAAGGGAAUGCUGGUGCGGGAUUAUUGGAGCAAUGUAUCAACUCGAAUGGCACCGGGCGCUGUUCAGGUUUUUUGUGCUCGUACGUUUUGCAGUAAACGAGAUCCCGAUGACGAAGAACCGGUGGUUGACCCAGAACCUGUCUCAUUUUCCAGUCAGCUACCAGCCACCGUCGCCAUCCCGGAAGUAUGGCCCCAUUUACCAGUGAUCGCCACAAAACGGAAUCCCGUGUUUCCGAGGUUCAUGAAGAUCCUUGAGGUUACGAACCCUAUGUUGAUUGAUCUGAUCAGGCGAAAAGUAAAACUGAACCAGCCCUAUGCCGGUAUUUUCCUAAAGAAGGACGACGAAAAUCCUAACGAGGUGGUGGACAACUUGUCGGAAGUCUAUAACAUCGGAACGUUCGCUCAAAUCCAAGAAAUGCAAGAUCUUGGAGAUAAGCUACGGCUCGUGGUGACGGCACAUCGGCGUAUCAAAAUUGUUGGUCAGCUUCACGAGGACUUGGAUUCCACUCUAGAUGGAAAGCAAAUGACAAUAAAAUAUCCGUUCUUUAAAACGCAAAUCAAUGUCUCAGUGGACGAGAGCGAUGCCGAGAAGCGACGGCGGAAGCACAAGAACCGCAACAAGAAGAUCAUACGGAAUUCCAACAACGACAGCACCGUGGAUGGGGAGCCGGUUGAGGAGCCACCCAAGAGAAGAUUGCUGAAAGAUGGCGAACAGCAACCUCUGCUGAUGGUGGAAGUUGAAAACGUCAAGCACGAAUCGUUCAAACAUACCGAAGAAGUCAAAGCUCUGACGCAGGAAGUCAUCAAAACCAUUCGGGAUAUUAUAACGAUGAAUCCACUCUAUCGCGAGAGCUUGCAGCAAAUGUUAAAUCAGAAUCAGCGAGUCGUUGACAAUCCAGUUUAUUUGUGUGACUUAGGGGCAUCUCUAUCUGCAGCGGAUCCUUCAGAGUUACAAGAGAUUCUGGAAGAAAUGGAUAUACCGAAACGGCUGAUGCUGGCACUAUCUCUGCUGAAAAAGGAACUAGAACUCUCAAAACUCCAGGCUAAGAUUGGACGCGAAGUGGAAGAAAAAGUGAAACAGCAACAUCGGAAAUAUAUCCUCCAAGAGCAACUCAAGGUGAUCAAAAAGGAACUAGGAAUCGAGAAGGAGGAUAAAGAUGCCAUUGGAGAAAAAUAUCGGGAACGCAUCAAGGACAAAGUUGUCCCGAAAGCCGUGGCCGACGUUAUCGACGAAGAGCUGAAUAAGCUCAACUUCCUGGAGAGUCACAGCUCAGAGUUCAACGUGACCCGAAAUUAUCUGGACUGGUUAACGACUUUGCCGUGGGGUGUGAUGAGCGAGGAAAACCUAGACAUCGAUCGGGCUACGGAAAUUCUCGACGCUGAUCACUACGGAAUGGAGGACAUCAAAAAACGCAUUCUAGAGUUCAUUGCCGUCAGUCAACUCAAGGGAACAACGCAGGGAAAAAUCCUUUGCUUCUACGGGCCUCCGGGAGUAGGUAAAACGAGCAUUGCCCGUUCAAUUGCUCGGGCUUUGAAUAGAGAGUAUUUCCGAUUCAGCGUCGGUGGAAUGACCGAUGUUGCUGAAAUCAAGGGACACCGAAGAACAUAUGUGGGAGCCAUGCCGGGAAAGCUGAUUCAAUGUCUGAAGAAGACCAAAACGGAGAACCCUUUGGUGUUGAUCGACGAAGUCGACAAGAUUGGAAAAGGUUACCAAGGUGAUCCUAGCUCUGCCCUAUUGGAACUUCUUGAUCCGGAGCAAAACGUCAACUUCCUCGAUCAUUACCUCGACGUUCCAGUUGAUUUGUCGAAAGUAUUAUUCAUUUGCACUGCCAACAUUAUAGAAACCAUUCCGGAACCUCUGCGAGAUCGCAUGGAAAUGAUUGAUAUGUCAGGUUACGUAGCUGAGGAGAAGCUAGCUAUUGCUAAGCAAUACCUUAUCCCACAAGCAAAAACGAAUUGUGGUCUCGAAGAUAAGCACAUCAACAUUACUGACGAAGCGCUAAACGUACUCAUUCGAUCCUAUUGUCGGGAGUCCGGGGUGCGCAACUUACAGAAGCAAAUUGAGAAGGUUGUGCGUAAAGUAACUUUCAAAAUUGUUCGCAAAGAAGUAGAAUCUGCUGAAGUAACUGGAGAUAAUCUCAACGAACUGUUAGGAAAGCCAAUAUUCACCCACGAUAGAAUGUACGAAUCGACACCACCGGGUGUGGUCAUGGGGCUGGCCUGGACCGCCAUGGGCGGCUCGGCAUUGUACAUCGAAACCGCCAAGCGAAAACUGAUUGCAGCAAAAGACAAGAUCGGAGAUGGUUCACUUGAGUUGACCGGACAUUUAGGCGAUGUAAUGAAGGAAUCAGCUCGGAUAGCGCUAACCGUGGCGCGAAACUUUAUCAAACAGCAUGAUCAGAGUAACGACUUUCUAGAGUCUAGUCAUAUUCACUUGCACGUUCCGGAAGGAGCAACACCCAAAGAUGGACCAAGUGCGGGAGUUACGAUAGUCACAGCGCUAUUGUCACUUGCUAAGGAUAUGCCCAUUAGGCAGAACGUAGCAAUGACCGGUGAAGUGUCUCUCAUGGGUAAGGUAUUACCAGUCGGUGGUAUCAAAGAGAAGACUAUCGCUGCCAAACGGAGUGGUGUGAAUUGUAUCAUCCUACCCGAAGAGAACAAGAAAGACUACACUGACCUACCCAGUUUCAUUACCGAUGGACUGGAAGUGCAUUUCGUUGACCAUUAUUCCGAUGUAUAUAAAAUUGUGUUCGCCGAAACCGACAAAUAAGGAAACAGUUGCAGAAUAAGAGUACAGCUUCAGUGAAGUUAGUUAUUAACCGUUAGGCAUUUGUUAACGUACUUGUUAGGAAUUCGAAUAAAGGUAAUAUAAGUUUUGGAAA